AUGGGUUUCCUCUACAGCCAACUCUUCGUACGCCUCCCCUACCCCACGGGCUCCUACACCGACAAGACCAUCAUCAUCACCGGCGGCAACGCCGGCCUCGGCAAGGAAGCAGCACGCCACUACGUCCGCCUCGGCGCCGGCAAGAUGAUCCUCGCCGUCCGGAACCCCGACAAGGGCCGGGCCGCCAAGGAAGACAUCGAGGCCACCACCGGCUGCGCCAAGACCGUCGUCGAGGUCUGGCAGCUCGACAUGUCGAGCUACGCCAGCGUGCGGGACUUCGCCGCCCGCGUCGCGGACACCCUCGACCGCGUCGACGUCUUCCACGCCAACGCGGGCGUCGUGCACGUCGAGUACAAGCGGAUGGAGGACAACGAGGGGCAGAUCACCGUCAACGUCGUCUCGACCUUCCUCCUGGCCGCGCUCGUCCUGCCGAAGCUCAAGGAGACCGCCGUGGAAUUCCGCACGAGGCCGACCCUGACCAUCACCACCUCCGAGACGCACGCGUGGACCCCCUUCGACGAGCGCCACGCCCCGGACGGCGGCAUCUUCGACGCCCUCGACGAGCAGGGCAGGAAGGACGCGAGCACGCUGUACUGGCCCUCCAAGCUGCUCGAGGUGUUCGGCGUGCGGUCCGUCGCGGAGAGGAGCCCCGCGUCCGAGUGCCCGGUGACGGUGAACAUGGUCAACCCGGGGUUCUGUCGCUCGGAGCUGGCGCGGGACGUGGACUCGUGGGCGAUGUGGCUCAUGACCGUGUUCCUGGCGCGUACCCCGGAGUAUGGUAGCAGGAACUUGGUCCAUGCCGGGUCUGCUGGGGCCGAGACGCAUGGGAAGUACGUGUCGGACUGCGGGAUCGACGAGCCGUCGGCUUUUGUCAGGAGUCGGGAGGGCAAGGAGACGCAAGAUCGUGUGUGGGAUGAGUUGGUGAAGAAGCUUGAGGCUAUCGAGCCCGGGGUGACGCGCAACUUCUGA